AUGAGUAGAAAUAAAAUUAAUGGACGUGGUAGACCAUAAAAAGAGAAUUAGGAUAACUAAGAAGAUAUAUUAUUAGAUGAUAAUUAUAUUGCAACAAAUGAAUUGGCAUUGAAAUUGUUGGAUAUAAUCUCUUCAUUUGCUACUUAUAAGUUAUUAACAAUAACAGGACCAAAUGGUUAGAAAAACAAUGAAGAAACUAAAUUAAGGAGAAAGAAUGUUGAAAAAGUGCAAAUAAAAAUUAGAGAAAAACUUAAAAUUUAAGAGGAUUAUACAUUUUUCUUAAGAGAUAUAGAUAAUUGUACUUUAAGUUAUGAAUUAAACAAUAAUGAAUUAAUAGAUAGAAAUAGAUAUCAACUUAAUAUAGAAGAAUUUUAAAAUUUGAAAAUCAAUCCUUCUAUUCUACAUAGCAUAGAAUUAGUGAAUAAUUAAUUAAAUUAAGAAUUAUAAUAGUUCUUGAUUGAGUUUAUCAAGUAAUAUAGUUAUCAAUAGGAUUCAAUAGAAUAAUUUAAAGAAAGCUUUUUUGAUUAUAUCUUAAAUAGUCCAGGUAAAUUUUAAGAGAUUAUUAAUUGGAGUUAAUUAUAUGAUGCAUCAUAUGAUGAAAAAACAGAAUUAUUAAAAUUAGAAGUUAAAUAUUUCAAAUAAAAAUUUAUGGCUAAUGAAUAGAUAUAAUCUAAAAAAUAUAAAGUAGAUGAAAAAAGAGAAAAUCAAUUAAAAUAAGAUUUAUCUUAAAUAUAAAAAUUAGAAAAUUAUAAAGGAGAUUAUAAAUCCUUAAAAUUAUUAAUAAAUGAUUUAACAGAAACAUUAAAACAAUUUUGGUGUUAGAAUAAUAUUUGA